CGGAGCAUAAUGCAAAUGGAUUCGUAAUCGGCGGGAGCGUUGGGAUUGUUCUUCUUAUCGCUGUCGGCUUUGUCAUCUCUGUGAUAUAUAUAAGGCGAAGGAAGGUCAAACCAAUCAGACGACGGAAAGCAAGAUCGAAUGAUAUAAAUGGAACUGAAGCUGACCAAUCUGUAACGAACAUGGAUGGGGAAAACAAUGUUUACAUCAACACCGCUGCUGUUCAGCAGACGAGCACUGCACACGACAUCGGCGAUGCAACAUGUAUGGCCUCUGGUGCUGAUUACAUAACAGCAUUUGAUGAACCGGGUGAAUAUUACAAUACAGAAGCUUUCCAUAGAAAGGUGAACCAUUCUAUCAGUCCCAUUGCUGUCCGUGAACUUACGGGGUAUUUGAAUGUACACUACAAUGAUAUUAGCUUCUUCGAGAGGACCUUUCAGGAAAUCCCUUCUGGUUUACAGUUCCCUGCAACAGCGGCAAAACGUUUCGAAAAUAUAGGCAAAAAUCGAUAUAAGGGAUUAUAUGCAUACGACCACUCCAGAGUUGUUCUACAAGCCGAAACUAGUGCAAAUAUCAAUUACAUCAAUGCCUGCCAUAUCCAAGGAUAUCAAAAGAGAAAGACCUAUAUUGCGUCUCAGGGUCCUGUGGAAUCUAACAUGGAGGAUUUUUGGCAGAUGAUUUGGGAGCAAAACGUACAAACGGUUGUUAUGGUUACCAAUUUGGUUGAGGAAACAAAAAUGAAAUGUCUACACUAUUGGGGCGGAGGACUCAAGCAUCAGACGACUUAUGGCUACUUCGAAGUUACAUUGAUGAAAGAGGAAGUGUUUGCUGACUUCUGUAUAAGAACAGUUGGAUUUCACAGAACGACACAUCCAUCAGAACGCCGUAAACUGACCCAGUUUCACUACACAUCUUGGCCGGACAAAGACGUACCACAAAGUCCGAUAAGCCUUGUACACUUCUGGAGAAAAGUUAAACUUCGUGAUGGCCAAAGGAAACAUCCGUGGCUUGUGCAUUGCAGUGCGGGGAUAGGCAGAACAGGGACAUUCAUAGCCAUGGAUUAUCUAUACGACCAGGGAAGAGCGACAGGAGUUGUUGAUAUUGCACAGUGUGUCACAGAUUUGAGAGAGGACAGAGUUAACAUGGUGCAAACAGUGGGCCAAUACCGGCUCCUUCACCGGCUGAUGUUGGAAUUAUUCGUACUCCCAUUUGAACCAGUACGAAACGAGCUCUUUGACAAUACCUUUAGAGACAUGUCCCGCGUGACACACAAAUCAAAGUCUAGAAAAUCCAGAUUACGUCUUCAAUACGAGGACUUAGACAAAGGCCUUGAGAUGGAUAGUGUUGAUGACGACAUUGCUUGCACAAAUGCACUUUUACCUGACAAUAACAGCAAAAACAGAUUUGACCAUAUACUUCCAGCGGAUGAAUAUCGCCCAUUCCUACGCUGCCAAGUUCAGGGGAGAAACAACUACAUUAACGCAGUCUUUAUGCCGAGCUACACCAACCUAAAGGGGUUCAUCAUCAGCCAGUUGCCUCUUCCAAGUACAGCUGUCGACGUGUGCAGACUCAUUCUAGACGAGGAAAUCAAUAUUGUUGUUCAAUUUGAUGAUAGUGGGAAAGAAGAGAUUGGACGUUUCUUGCCUGAAAAUGAAGAAAAAAUGAAAAUAGACGCGUUUGAAAUCAGACGAGAACGAACGUCUUCAGUGCAUGAUUGUCAAAUAGAGACAGUCAGUCUAAAACUGAAUUAUAAGACACGCACAUUCAAACACAUUCAGUUCAAGAAAUGGACUAGAAAUCGAUUGGUUCCCCCAGACAGCAGCUCUUUGUUGAAUCUUGUAAAAGAGGUGGAGGAACAGCAGUCUUCAGAAGAUGAUGAAGAUUCACCUAUUCUUGUGCUUUGUUUGAAUGGAGCAGAGAGGAGCGGUCUGUUUGUAGUGCUGAUGAACAUCUUGGAGAGAUGUCGAGUGGAUGGCGAAGUAUCCAUUCCACAGGUCAUCAGAUAUCUUCGGUCACGGAGAAAGCAGAUUGUCCCGAACUUGGAGCAGUAUGUGUAUUGCCAUAAUGUCACAACAAAGUACCUAGAGAGCAGUAUGACUUAUGCAAACUUGCAAUCUACCAGAAGAGAUGCUUAAUUAAGAAGUAGACUAUAAAUUCAAAUGGCAGUGAUUGGCUAAGUGUUUACAUUUUAUUCCGCUUAAACAUCGAUGUUUGUUAAGUGUGUGCUAUGUUACAUAUAUGCAUUUUGUUAUAUUUGAUUUUGCACUGUAACAUGUAUUAUGGGCUGGAGGCCUUUCAUUGAAUAAACUUUCGUUCGAUAGCAAAAUGACGUAUUAAGGGACCCUUUAUAAUAAAGCAUUGUAUUGUAAUUCCGCAUUGCGAUAGGGAUUUUUAAAAAAGCCACUAUAUAUUUGUUGAUAAAGCGGGACUAAAGCAAGUGCCUUCGAACAGAAAUCGCUUUGUUUUAAGAAGCUUUUUUAUGCAAUUUUUAUCAUGGUUUUAUUAAGUAUAACUGUAAUCCACUUCGUAUAAUACCUCUUAUGUACAUGUUUCAUACUUUUCUUAAAAUACUAUAAAUCUAUGCUGACGUUAAUGUUUUUUAUUUUAAUAAAUAAAGCACG